AUGCUGUCCACGAGAACGGCGCCCAAGAAGGCCGUCGGCCUCUCACGGACCGCCGUGAGGGGUCUGGCUACUGUCCAGGACGGCGCCCCGAAGCGAACAUACGGUGGUCUACGAGACCAGGAUCGCAUUUUCCAGAACCUCUAUAACCGAUAUCCCGUGGACCUCAAGAGUGCUAGGAAGAUGGGCGAUUGGCACAAGACCAAGGAGAUUAUUCUCAAGGGACACGAUUGGAUCAUCAGCGAGGUCAAGGCCUCCGGUCUUCGAGGACGAGGUGGUGCUGGUUUCCCCUCGGGUCUCAAAUGGUCUUUCAUGAACUUCAAGGACUGGGAUAAGGACACCAAGCCCCGUUAUCUCGUCGUCAAUGCCGAUGAGGGUGAGCCCGGAACCUGCAAGGACCGUGAGAUUAUGCGAAAGGACCCACACAAGCUCAUCGAGGGAUGUCUUAUUUCUGGCCGAGCCAUGAACGCAACCGCCGCCUAUAUCUACAUCCGUGGUGAAUUCGUCGAGGAGGCUGCUGUUCUCCAGCGAGCCAUCAACGAGGCCUACGCCGCCGGCCUGAUCGGAAAGAACGCCUGUGACUCCGGCUACGACUUCGAUGUUUACCUGCACCGAGGUGCUGGUGCCUACGUCUGUGGUGAGGAGACUUCUCUUAUUGAGUCUCUGGAGGGCAAGCCUGGAAAGCCUCGUCUUAAGCCCCCGUUCCCUGCUGCCGUCGGUCUUUUCGGAUGCCCUUCAACUGUUACCAACGUCGAGACUGUUGCGGUUGCCCCUACUAUCUGCCGACGAGGAGGAAGCUGGUUUGCUGGCUUCGGCCGAGAGCGUAACCAGGGCACCAAGUUGUUCUGUAUCUCUGGCCAUGUCAACAACCCCUGCACUGUUGAGGAGGAGAUGUCCAUUCCUCUGCGUGAGCUGAUUGACAAGCACUGUGGUGGUGUUCGAGGUGGAUGGGAUAACCUUUUGGCUGUCAUCCCUGGUGGUUCUUCUACUCCUGUUCUCCCCAAGCACGUCUGCGAUGACCAGCUGAUGGACUUUGAUGCCCUCAAGGACAGCCAGUCUGGUCUUGGCACUGCUGCUGUUAUCGUUAUGGAUAAGAGCACCGAUAUUGUCCGAGCUAUCAGCCGUCUCAGCCACUUCUACCGCCACGAGAGUUGCGGCCAGUGCACACCUUGCCGAGAGGGUAGCAAUUGGACAGAGCAGAUGAUGAAGCGAUUUGAGAAGGGUCAGGCCCGCGAGCGUGAGAUUGACAUGCUCCAGGAGCUCACCAAGCAGGUUGAGGGUCACACUAUUUGCGCUCUGGGAGAGGCCUUCGCCUGGCCUAUUCAGGGUCUUAUCCGACACUUCCGACCUGAGCUGGAGGCUCGUAUCCAGAAGUUCUCCCAGGAGCAUGGUGGUGAGGCCCUUGCUGGUGGAUGGAACCAUAAUGCCAGAGCCCAAGGCAAGUUGGUGUCUCCCGUCGGCAUCGAGCGAAUUCUCCGUGGUUUUCAAGCGAUAUGCUCUCUUCUAGUCUGGUACCCAGCUCUAUUUGCCCUUGUCCAGCCUAAGGUGUCAUCAACAUUAUCUCUCCGCGUUCUAGGCGGCCAAAUCAACGUCUCCCGACGUUUCAUUCGGUUCUUCCGCUUUUUGGACACUUUCCGCGCAGGAUGGCUCGUUUACGUCGCUCAAGGCGAUAAGAGCAUCGAUGUGUGGCUUGAUAUCAUUAGCAAGACCUGUUUCGGCAUGUUCGGCAUGAUGGAGACUUUGACUCUCCUUGAUCUCUGCGGCAUCGAGAACCUUCGUAUCUUUAGUCCUGAGAAAUUCCAGGAGAUUGAUUACCAGUCGCAACUUUUCUGGUUCGCUGGAUUGUACACUUCUGUUCUUGUCACGGUUAUCAGACUGUAUCGACUAGUCGCUGGGACUCCUGCCUCUGUCAAACGCGAGACUGUUAGCAUCAGCUCUACGGAAAAACCAGCCGAGCUUAUUACUACAGAGAAGGAGACUGCGGUUCUCUCUGAGAAGAUGACCAAGGAAGAUCUCGACAAAGAGCGUGAGCGUCUCAAGAGCAUCGUCAACAAACGCAAGAUCGAGAGACGUGCUUGGAUGAAGAAGUUCAAGAGUGAAGGCUACACUCUCCUCCGCGCUCUCGUUUCUGAUCUCCUCGAUAUGCUUCUUCCCACCACUACAGUUGGAUGGGUCGAGCUUGAGCCCGGCUUAGUUAGUUUAGCCAUGUUCUUCACCACCUUUACUACAGGUCAGGCUGUCUGGGAGAGGGUUGGACAGAAUCUUCAGCGGCAGAAGCAGUAG